UCGCACGGCGCGGCUGCAGCUAGGAGGCAACCGAAGUAUGUCGGUCCCGUUUGAGGAACGCAGCGGGGUGGUUCCGUGCGGAACGCCGUGGGGCCAGUGGUACCAGACCUUGGAGGAGGUGUUCAUUGAAGUUCAGGUGCCGCCAGGGACUCGCGCCCAGGAUAUCCAGUGCGGCCUGCAGAGCCGGCAUGUGGCUCUGGCCGUGGGUGGCCGCGAGAUCCUCAAGGGCAAACUCUUUGAUUCUACAAUAGCUGAUGAGGCAACAUGGACUUUGGAAGACAGAAAAAUGGUCCGUAUUGUUCUUACAAAGACAAAGAGAGAUGCAGCAAAUUGUUGGACUUCUCUUCUAGAAUCUGAAUAUGCAGCUGAUCCUUGGGUGCAAGACCAAAUGCAGAGAAAACUUACAUUGGAGAGAUUCCAGAAAGAAAAUCCUGGUUUUGACUUCAGUGGAGCAGAAAUCUCAGGAAACUACACUAAAGGUGGACCAGAUUUCUCAAAUCUUGAGAAAUAACUGCUGUUUUUUUUUUGCUGCAUUCUGUGGAUCCUAGCAGAUGUUGCCAACUUAAUCAAAGGAACAGAUUAUGUGGUGGAAGAAAAAUGUGGAUGCCUGCAGUUAACAAAUUGCAAAAUAUACAUAUGGUUCUAAAAAUUGCAUUCAAGUAUGAUUUACAUAGGAAACAUCUUAAAUACCGUGGGAACUAUUCUAUUGAUAUAUGGUAACUUUUGGACUUGUUUUUGCUCCGCAUGAAGUUUUAUAUGCUGCAAUUUACUAAUUUCAUAUUUAACCUGUUUUUUUAAUACAAAAAACUUUAGGGCAUAGAUCAUGUGAAAUGACAGGGUGCCUUCAGGGAAAAUUAAGUUUUUCUUUCAAUAAGUGUGAUGCAGGAAUAAUGUUCAAUAAACUUUUCUAAAUAGGAA